AUGACGUCGUCGACCACGAUGAGCGACUGGAUCUUUACCGAAGCAGAGAUGCGCUCGACCCCGUCUUUGCGCGACGGCAUGAAGUACAUGGACGAGCUCGUGCUCCGUCGCGACGCCUGUGACUUUAUCGAGAAGAUGGCGAAGGCGCUGGACAUGCCGAAACUCGCGCAGAUCAGCGCAGACAAUUACUUCCACCGCUUUUACAUGCGCCAGUCGCUCGUGCGGUACGACAAGUACCUGGUGGCGGCCGCGUGCGUGCUGCUGGGCUCGAAGGCGGAGGAGAGUCCCAAGAAGAUUGGCCACGUGGCGAGGGAGUACAUUGCGGUGCGGAAAGUGGUGGAGAAGGAUCAGGUGUUUGCUAUCCAGAAGCACGAUCCGCAGGUGAUCGCUGGCAAGAUUAUCUCGAUGGAAGGCACGUUGCUGCACAAUUUGGCGUACGAGCUGACGCUGUCGCAUCCGUACAAGUACAUAAAUGAAAAGGUGGACAAAGUGGUGCGGCUGCAGCAAUUGAGUGAAAACACGGCCAAGAUCCAGAGCAGUAAGAUCAAGCAGGUGGCAUGGUCGUUCUUGAACGACAGCGCGUACACAGUCGCGUGUUUGCGUCUAGAGUCGGUCGAUCUGGCAGCCGGUGCCGUGUACCUGGCCGGACUCUACGAGAGCUAUGUGCCGGACGACCUGUGCACAGCGAAGGGUCAGCCAUGGUGGAGUGUGUUGGCAACUCCGCUUCAUACCUUGCAAGAUGCGGCUCGCUACUUGCUCAACGCUUACAUGGCGCCGUACAUCAAAACGAACGUGCUUGCGGCGGGUCUGUCAAAGUUAGUCUACGCAUUCCACCCGCCGAAGCUGGUCGAAAGCCCCGCAUCGUUUGCCGAACUGGAUGCCGUGGAGCUGGAACAGUCGUCUCCUAUGGUGUCGUCGCCAAUGGACUCCGCCGUGUGCGUGACGUCUCCGGAAUGCGGCGGCAGCCAAGGCCGUUCACCGUACGACCACGACUUCGACCACGACGUGAAGACGCACGUCAAGGUCAGUGUGGAGAGUCCCCGCGAGGCGGCACAGCUUCCUGCGCCGCCUGCAUCGCUGCUGGACAGCUUCCCUGUUGCCAACGAUAGUUCAAGUGCUGACAAGUUGUUGGGAAGCGCAGCAGCGAUGCGAGUGGCGAGCACUGGACGACUGACGCGCAAGCGCGGUCACGACACCGAAAACACGUUUUGUUCCGAGAAAAAGUCAAAGUGCUGCUUGUAA